CCCAGACGAGGGUCCCUCUCCAAUCAUUUGAUACACAACAAAUGGACGGCUGCAGAUCGUGAAGAUGUCUUGGUUUAAUCCGUUCCCAAGACAUCUACUCCCAUGGAAUGGCACUGAACGUCUCUAGCGAGAUGAGGAUUGGUCGCUUGCUUCCGAACUAGAGAAAAAAAAAGGUACUAAAAAAAGGGUCUGGAUGAGGAUCCACAAAAAGCGGGACAUCACGAAUUCCAGAUUUUCAAGUAUAAAUAGUGGAGGUGUUUGCGACAGGGUGGAUGUUUCAGGAACAAUAACUUAUAUCUCACUUUUCAUAAUGGUUCAACUUACAUCUCUCGCAAUCUUACUUGGUCUCGCUGGUGCUACUGUGGCUGCCCCCACGGGCGGUGCUACCAUUACUGUCAAUAACCAUUGUGGCCAUAACAUCCAAGUUAAUCAAAUGACCAAUGGUGCCAGUUCGGGUCAUGCUAUCAAUCUCGCGGCUGGAGCUACUCACAAAUUCACGGUGCCUUCCAACUGGGGUGGUCGAUUCUGGGGACGCGAAGAGUGCUCCGGCUCUGGUCCCGACUGCAAUCCCAGUGCUCCUGCUUCCUUGGCUGAAUUCUUGCUGAAUGGAUAUUCCGAUAAGGACUUUUACGAUGUUUCAUUGGUGGACGGGUUCAACUUGCCUAUGGAUAUCAAGCCCUCUGGUUCGAGCGAUGGUUCGGGCAAUUCAGCUGAGAAGUAUGCAUGUGGUAUCCCCGCUUGCACUACACUGCCCUCGUGUCCCGAAGAUCUCCAAGUCAAGGGUGAUAACGGCAAAGUAAUUGGCUGCAAGAGUGCAUGCUCGGCUUUUGGUACCGAUGAAUUCUGCUGUCAAGGCGCCCACAACAGCCCCGAAACGUGUCAACCCAACGAAUACUCUUCAGUCGUCAAAGCCGUCUGCCCCGACGCUUACAGUUUCGCGUACGAUGAUGCCAGCUCCACCUUCUCCUGCUCGUCAUCGGGUUAUACCGUCACUUUCUGCCCCGCUUAGAUUUAGAAGGUCACAUUGAUUUCUUCAAUUUCCAUUAUUUCCGGUGACAGGCUGGUUCCUGUUGCUGCAUAGAACGCAUACAAUAAAUUAUUAUUUUUUAUGUCAUCCCACAU